UUCAACAUGGUUUGCAAUUAUCAGAUCCUAUUAUAAAAAAGGUUAGAGAUUUUGUAGUAAAGAUUCAACAAUCAACAAGACUUAAAUGGCAAAAUAUUGAAAAUAUAAUUCAAUUACUUGAACCAAUAUUUAUAGCAACAGAAAUAUUAUCAUCAUCAACUUAUCCAACAAUAAGUGAUGUACGAUUAAUUUUUAUUGGAUUACUUCGACAUCUAGAAUCUUUUAUUCAAAAUCAAAAUAAUUUAGAAGAUUGUGUAAUGGCUAAUUCAAUUAGUUUUAAAUUAAAAGAAUAUUGUAAAAAUGUAGAAGAAUCAACAACAAUUGCUACCUUAUUAGAUCCACGGUCUAAAACAAAAACAUUUCAAGAUUAUGAUAAAUGUGAUGAAGCAAUUUCAUCAUUACAAAACCUUAUGCCAUUAUAUAAAAUUAAUAAUCAAUUAGGAAACACUAGAAUUAAUACACAAUCACAAGAAAAUAAAAGAUCAUAUUUUGAAUUUCUUCUUACUGAUCAAACUUCUGAAGAAAGACCUACAGAUGAUGAAAUAACUCAAUAUAUAUCAGCACCUAUUAUUAAUACUAAUCCAUUAGAAUGGUGGCAAC